GCCGCCGCCACAGCUGCUGGCCCGAGGCGCAUCGAGGUUCCCCGGCCCCCCUCCAUCGAGGAGUUCACCAUCGUGAAGCCCAUCAGCCGCGGCGCCUUCGGGAAAGUGUACCUGGGCCGCAAGGCGGGGAGGCUCUAUGCCGUCAAGGUGAUGAAAAAAGCGGACAUGAUCAACAAAAACAUGGUUCACCAGGUCCAGGCAGAGAGGGAUGCAUUGGCUCUCAGUAAAAGUCCUUUCAUUGUGCACUUAUACUACUCACUUCAGUCAGCUAAUAACGUCUAUUUAGUGAUGGAGUACCUUAUUGGUGGAGAUGUCAAAUCUCUUCUCCAUAUUUAUGGAUAUUUUGAUGAAGAAAUGGCUGUUAAGUAUAUUUCUGAAGCAGCACUGGCUCUUGACUAUCUUCACAGGCAUGGGAUAAUCCACAGGGAUCUGAAGCCAGACAAUAUGCUCAUUUCUAAUCAGGGCCAUAUAAAGUUGACAGACUUUGGGCUUUCCAGAGUUACUCUGAACAGAGAGAUAAACAUGAUCGAUAUCCUUACUACACCAUCAAUGGCAAAGCCAAAACAAGACUACUCACGUACUCCAGGACAAUUGUUGUCUCUCAUCAGUUCUCUGGGCUUUUAUACUCCUGUUGGAAUGAAAAUGUCAGGGCACAAUUCAAGUCAAUCAUCUGACAGUUUGCGUGGAGUGGUUUCGCCCUUACCUAUGGUCCAAAAGGAAAAUACCCCUCUUUCAACUAAAUUAUUCAAAACAUAUCUUGAUACUUCUCAAUUAACGCCUGUGAUGCCAGUGAGAAGUUUAACUCCUACUCUACUUCAGUCAAGAAAAACGUUUGGUACCUCCAGUGCCAGUAGUCAGUUGCACACAUACCUGUCCAGUAUGGAAUCAGAAAGCUGCAGCAGUCCCAGGUGGGAGAAAGAUGUAGAGCAAAGUGAAGAUGAACUAUAUUCUACAACAGGCAAAACAAGUAACAGUGGGUCAGCUCUCCUUUCAAAUGUAGAAUUACUGAAUAGCAAAGGUAUUAAAGUUUUAAAGAAAAAAGAACUGGAGUCUGCCAUUUCUCCCAUCAGCAGCGAUGAUUCUGGCAGUAGGCAGAAGCUGGGAAGUGAACAUUCUGGUAUAACAGAUACUCCUGUGACCACACUGGAUGUGAAAGGCAUAGUCAGAAAAUGUCUUUCUGAAAAUCAGAUUUGGGAAGAAAAACUCUUUGUAAAUAAAAGAGAGAUGACUAAUGAAACAGCAGAAACUUCCAGUCAACAACAGUCACCUUCAAGGCAGAAUGAGCCUGUCAAGCCUAUCAAAGAGGAAGAAAUUUUUGAAAAGCCAGGUGUAAAAAGAAGCUUUGAAUUAGUUGACACUAGUCCUUGUCAGGAACUUAACUAUGUUAAAAAAAGCAACACAGAAUAUAAACGUGGCUGUCAGAUCUCAGAAUUUCCAGCAAACAAAAGGACAGGUUUGACAACAGAAAUUCAGUCCUUAAUGCUUUGUGAUGAUGGAUGCCUACAUGACACCUGCAAAAGCAAGGAAGAAGUUAAGGGUUUUAUUGGUAACCAGAAAACAGUAGAAAGAUCACUUACUCCAAUUAUAGCCAAAAAUCUUAUGUGUGAUCUGGAUGCAGACUAUGAAAAGGAUGAUAAAAAGGAGUAUAUGAACUCAAGUUUUUUAGGCACUGACGAUGAAAAACCUUUAGGAAUCCUCAGUGCAGAUUCUGACUUAUCAUUUCCUGAAAUGUCUGUUACAGAAAGCCAUUUAGAAAAGCAGCUUUUAGAUUUGGACAAAAGUGUUAAAGACCUCUCCUUUGAGGAACCAAAAACAGAAGGCAUGCUAAUAACAUCACCAGAGUCUCAAGAUGCCUCACAAAAUGAAGAGGAAGCACAUACUGUCCAGGACUGCAAGCUGUUACAUCAUGAAAAGAAUAAUGACCAAAAACACAUGAAAGAAACUUACCUUGACACAGUAUUUUCUCCUUCAGAAAAGAUGAUGGAAGCACUGAAUCUCUUCAAAAAAAAUGCUGUUGUUUUUCGAAGUUAUAAUAGUCCAAUUAAUAUAUCCAAUGUAUCUGAACCAUGUAGCAUGGCUUCCUUAGAUAUAAUGGAUCUUUCACCUGCUUGUAGUGGCUCUGACCCAACAGCUAUUACUCCAUUACAGAAAGGAAGACCGUAUAGGGUCUAUCAGACGCCUCAUCAGGGAGAUGCUGGCACGCCGUAUAGGACUCCAAAGAGCGUAAGAAGAGGAGCUGCCCCAGUAGAAGGUGAACGCAUCCUAGGGACCCCAGACUACCUGGCACCUGAGCUGCUUUUGACAAAGCCUCAUGGUUCUGCUGUAGACUGGUGGGCCCUUGGAGUUUGUCUGUUUGAGUUUCUAACUGGAAUUCCACCUUUUAAUGAUGAAACACCAACACAAGUCUUCCAAAAUAUUUUGAAAAGAGAUAUUCCCUGGCCUGAGGGUGAAGAAAAGCUGUCUGAUAAUGCCCAAAAUGCAAUAGAUAUUCUUCUAACAAUUGACAGUACUAAGAGAGCUGGACUGAAGGAACUGAAACAGCACCCCCUCUUUCAUGGUGUGGACUGGGAUAAUCUACAGAAUCAAACUAUGCCAUUUAUACCUCAGCCGGAUGAUGAAACUGAUACCUCUUACUUUGAAGCUAGGAAUAAUGCUCAGCACCUGACUGUGUCUGGAUUUAGCUUAUAGCAUCAAGAUAAGUGAACUUUCUCCAUGUUUUUGCACACUUACAGGUUGUCCUAUAACACUAGUUUGGUCUUAACUAAGUUUCCUUGCCAAAUUUAGAGUGUGUUUUAAGUUAUCCGUCUGUUUUUGUUAUUGUAUCCUUUAUUCUAAAGUGGAACUACUGUAUGAAACUUAACUGGUAUCAAGUGCCUUCAUGCUACUUUUUAUCUCACUUACUGCACCUUAGUAAGAGGUCAGAGCGAUGUAUUUCUUGGAGCUAAUAACACUUGGCAAUGAUGGGGCUUUUUUUAAUAGCAAUGAGUAACUCCAGUUAGGAGGUGUGAAGUUAUUUCCCAGUUAAACAUAAUAGGGAAAGGACAUAAAUGCAUGCUAAUUGUAUCUAAUUAUAACUUUGCUAUUGGUGGUUCAGUGUGAUGGCAGUCUUGUUUGGGAGUAGUCCUUUCUGACCAGUUUGAAUAUAUAUCCACGGUGCAAAACUGAUGUUUAUUUGAGGUGGAAAAUUGAAAUCUUAAUGCAGCAUUGAAAUGUCUGUCUUCUGUUUAUCUUAUCCUAAGAAGGGUUAAAAGAGACAGUGUUGUUCAAAGUUAACUCAGCUAGAUGCGGCAUGUGAGAUUGACAGUAGUUCCACUGAUUGUUAUCCUUUCCUAGACAAAUGGGGUAGGGAAAGGAUACUCAGGGCAAGUCUGUUAAACAAGUGCUCUGUUUAAAUUGUUGCAUUGUAACUAUUUACACUGUAGGAAGACGGACUGAACAGCACACAUUUUAGCAAUUACUUGUUUUAAACAGAAAAUGCUGAAUAUGUGUGUUUUGUGCUCACUCAUGUCAGAAGACAGAAAACAAAAAAUCACCUGAGUGUUAGCUAACAAGUGAAGUAUUAUUCAUACUGAAGCUGCUAUACAUUAAACACUGAUGUAUUGCAAAUUAACAGACUUCUGUAAACUCAUAACCAGAUCUUAGAUUUUACUAGAACUUAAGUUACGAGUGUAUAUUCAGUAUUAUAAAUCCUAAUUAGGGGGAAGUAUAUUUAAAUCUGUUUUUAGAUGCAACACAAAACAUGCAUCUGUUAGGUUUUAGAGGCUUAUUUGUAGUAAUUCUGUUUAAAUUAUCUUCAAUACUUUUCUUGCAUAGGCAUCUUUCUCAGUUGCCUUACCUGAAAAAUAAAAAUCUUCAGUUUGUACUUGUUAGGUAAGGAUCACUUGUGCUAGAUGGUGGUGCCAGCCAGUGGCCAUGUGCCAGAAGCCAAGCAUUUUGCUAGCAAUUUUUGCCAAGUGGCUUUUGAGUUUCACAAACUGACCCUUCUUGCAGGGGGAGUGAGUUGUUUUUUCAUUGCUCUGCUUCCUGGAAGACAGGAUUUAUUGAUGGAAUUCUGAGCAAACAGUGUCUGCUAGGCUUCCUGCUGUUCCCUCAGGUAGCUGGGAAAGGAAUGGGAAUGGUGGAGAAAAAGGAAGUUUCUUAGAAGGACCAAAAGAGAGCUAAUUCUUAACAGCUCAGAAUGACAAAUCCCAGCUCUAGGUGUAAUAACUCAAACAUAGUGAAACAGCGUCUUGGCAAGUUGCAAAACAUACAGGGACUCUCACUCACUCCCUUUGCUAAGGACUUCAGUUUCAGAAAACUUCUUCUAAAUUGUUGAAUCUUAAUGAAAUUAAUGUUACAUGCAAAAGGUGCAAGCAAUCAACUGUAAUCAUUACUGAAGCAGUAUCCAUAGACAACAUUCUCUGCAUAUGAGAAGUUCUCUAGCAUUUUUCCUGUGUAUAGUUAGAAUAUAUAAACUGGGGGAGGAAGAAUACCUUAAUUUAAGUAAUCACUGGUAUUUUAUGCAAUUUAUUCUUCCACUUCUAGUAAUCUGGUUUAGGAAAGCUAGUCUUACAAGAAUGAAUCUCAGUUUCAUGCUGAGGAAAAUACUCCAAAAAUGUGUUAGGAAAUAAUGUAAACUGAACACCACAACAGCUCUUUGUCUUCAGUACUUUACAAAUGGUUACAACCUGUUCCCACUUUGUAGUAUAAUACUAGUUUUUUCUGCCUUGAGGGGAAUGUUACAGUGGCAGGACACUCUAAAGAUAACCUCUAACCCCUUGAAAUAAUUAUUCAUCAGCUGCAAGGCUCAAGUAAGCUUCUAUCUAAACUUUUUCUUGAUCGAUAACAAUGAACUACAGAACUGCUUAAGUCUUUUAGGUAAUCUAAUGCUAGUGUAUAUAGAGCUAGAGAUGAUAGUACACCAAAACAUUAGGCAUAAAGAAUCUUGUUAACUUACUGUUUUUGUUCUUAUAAAAGCCUCAAACCUCCUUAUAAAAACCUUAUUCUAAAAGCAAAUUAUGGUUCUUCUACUAUAGUUUUAUAAUGCAAUACAAAAAUAUAAAUGCCCUAGAACAAUAAAUAGGCCAACUGACAAAUCAGGAUGUUCAAUGUAAACAGUUAUCACUGCACUGCUGUCUAGAACUGUUAAAUUCUGCACAAUUAGCACUGAAGACUUGCAAUACCCCAUUCUCCUCAGUAUCUUGCAUUUAUCCUGAUCAUAGCAAACAUGGAGUUGAAUUUCACAUGUUGAUUGUUGGGGUUUGUGGUGUGGUUUUGUUUUGUUG